AUGCCAGCGAGCAAGCCGACGCUGCUCCUCGAUCUGCGCCUCACGAACGCGCCGGACGACCAGCAGCCGACCCGCUGCCACAAUCAUUCCUUGUGGCACGACGCCUUGUCCAAUUCAUUGGGCGACGCGACGCGGAGAGGCGACUCGCUACGCGCGGACGCAAGCGUGGGCGCCGCGGAGAAACUUGCUGCACCGCACGGCCCGGGGGUGACGUUUGAGUCGAGUUCGAGGAGAGGACCCGGCGCCUGGGAAAGCCGGGCGUGGCUAGAGAUCGAGGAGGAGUGGAACGAGGAGGACGAAGACGAGGAGGGCGACGACGCGGCGAUGCUGGACGUCGACGCGUUUCUCGGGCGGCGAUUAACGCGCGAGCCGAGUUUUAGCAUCGAGGACGCGGCUCUGUACGGCCUGCCGGAGGAAGUGGCGACUCCUCGCCCUGCGUCAGCGCGAUUCACGGCGAGCGACAGCGAAGCAGCGGCGCUGCGGCUCGCAGUAAUGGAAGCGGAGGUGCCAGAGGAGGAGCCUGUGUUUGGUUCUCCCAUGGCUGAUCGCGCCAUCUCUCGCUCCCUCACCUCCUCGUCGCUGCUUCCCCGCCCGCGCUCGUCGCACAUCACCCGCUCCCACACCGCGUCGUGCGACCGCCUGCCUGCAAGUUUCGUGCCUAACGUCGUGCCUCGCAGUGAAUCGGCUUGCUCGACGGGUUCCAGUGCCGAUCGGUCGCCGUUUGGUAGCGUGGCAGGCGUGGCGCAAACACGCCUGCCGUCGUUUUCGAGUGGGACGGGAGGAGCUCCUCAGCAGCAGGGCUUGAGCCGCAUAGCAGCGGGGCGGCUGCAUAAGGAGCUGGCGGAGUGGCAGCGCAACCCCCCGCACGGAUUUGUGUACCACCCCAGUGACAACCUGCAGAGAUGGAGCAUAGACGUGCACGGGGCAGCGGGCACGCUGUACGCAGGGGAGGUGUUUCAGCUGCAGGUCGACUUCCCAUCCAACUACCCCCUCGAGGCCCCGCAGGUCAUAUUCUCGCGCAACCCGCCAGUGCACCCACACAUCUACAGCAAUGGUCACAUAUGCCUUGACAUCCUGUACGACUCGUGGUCGCCUGCCAUGACAGUGAGCGCCGUGUGCCUCUCCAUCCUCUCCAUGCUCUCCAGCUGCAAGGAGAAGGUGAGGCCGGCGGACAACGAUCGGUACGUGCAGCGCAGCGGCCAGUCACCCAAGAACACGCGCUGGUGGUUCCACGACGACCAGGUGUAG